CGAAAAGAUUAAAAUCCUUCAAUCUAUUCAAUAACUCUCUUGCUAAAACCAAAAAACAAAAGUCUGAAAAUGAAAAAGCAGAAGAAAAAAAACUCUCUUGCUGUGCUGUUGGUUCCUUGGAACACUUCACUACUGCUUCAAAUUCCUAGUGUGUCCGUUUCAAAAAAAUAAAUAUUCCCAGUGUGCAGGCACAAAUUCUCCGGUGAUUUAGUUCCGUGAUCCCGUUUACACUUCGAUAGUUGGAUUCCCCCGGUAUGCAGAUACGUUCACAAUUGGAACACCAUGGCCCCAAAAGCACAGCCACUUUAUUCCUGCAGAUAUGAGUGAAUAAAUACGAAUAUAAGAUGCACACACCAACUGGUGCAGGCAACGUACAUUGCAUACGCCUAUAAAUACCUCUACAUCAUCAUCCCUUUCACAAGUGAGCACCUGGCUUCACCACACAGUGCAGAGGUGCAGUACACAACACAAAAGAAGCAGAGAAGAAGAUCGGACGGCGGAGGCCAUGGAGUACGAGCACCGGUACAACAGCAGUGGCAGCUUGGGCAAGGAGAAGAGGCCUCCGGCGAAGAGGGGGCAGGUCAAGCUGCAGAUAGCGAGGGCGCUGAGCAACCUCGUCUCUCCCGGCGCCGCUGCCGACGGCUCGAAGCAGGCAAAUCGCAGCAGCUUCAGAAGGGAAACAAGCUACAACUGAACCAAGGAAAUUAGAUGGGUAUGGUGCGUCCGUGUGUCAGUGUGGGGUGCAAAAUGGUGGUAUUACUAGCUAGCUGUUUUGUUACCUUCUGAGGGUUUUAGCAGGAUGGUGUCCCAGUUUAUAAAUGGAGAACCUGUCUGAUCCACUACCACUGUACUGUAACUUGGCUUGAGCGGAAAUUGCUCCAAGCUUGAGUGUGCAUUAUGUAUUCAAGAAGAAAUUUAAAUGUAUAUACAAGCUUUGAGUAUGCAUAA